UUUGCAAUUUUAAUACAUGAGGUAAUCUCAUUGUGACAUGAUAAAGAUAUUUACGCGAAAUUCAUCGUAGCAGCCAUAUAUUGGCGCUAAUAUUACUGCAAAUGUUGCAGUGUCUACAGUUACAUCAUAUAUCGAAUGAUGUACGAAAACGUGCCUAAAGUAAAUUUAUUCUGUAUAAUCUCAUCGCAGCUGCCAUUCGUCGGCGCUUAUGCAAAAAUGCAAAAUUGUAAUUUUAAUGAGAGUUAUAUUUCACAUCUCACGUAGUAAACCGUCGAAAAAAGAAUAGAGGAGUAUACAAAUUAAAAAGAACUUCAACAAUUAUUAUUGUAUUAAUCGCUGUGUGAAAGACGGACAGUCUAUACUUCUAUAAAGAAACAGCUCUUGAAAAAAUGUACAAAGGAAGCUCUGUGAAUUAUUACACUUCGAUUCAACAGAAUGAGGCGUACAAAAAACAUAUAUCUUCUCAUAAUUCAUCAUCUACGGAACCUUGUACAUCUCGUAUCUUGGGAAGAAGAUUUGCCUUAAUAUCCACAACUUAUAAAUAUUUGGAUAUUGGAAUCAACGUGGGACUUGUAUCCUAUGUGGAAUUACGUAUUGGUGAUAAUCGAGGCAAUCAAAUAUUAUUGUCUUAUGUAAUGUGGAAAACCCUCAUCGAGAAACAUGUGGAUAUCGAACAGCUUGUGCAAUCAAUUGCUCCUUCAUCAUUGUCGAUUCAUGAUCUAAUUAUAGAACUUGUUCAAAUGCGAAAUACAAAUAUUGUAAAGUUUACAUUGCGCGAUACAUGCUUGUACAUGAAGCCGUCAACCAUAUUUUUUCUAUUUGAACUUGAACAUUGCGUCGAACAUGUAUAUUACAGGUUCUAUGAGAAUAUAUAUGGUGUCAGCGAAAAAUUUAAACAAUUUAUAAACUUUUUACGGCGGAAUUGUAUCACAGAUAAACAUAUUGCAAUAAAAACUUUGCGCGAGAGCAACAUUUUUGACAAAAUUUCGAUUAUAGAUUGUGAAUUAUUAGCGUACGCAAUAGAUAAUGUUGUACACUAUGCAUUACAUGACCAAUAAAUGUAUAUUAUUAUAAA